AUGGAAAAAUUAUGUGAUGAAGAUGUACCAAAAUACUUGCAAGAAUGUGAGUUAGGCGAAGAAUGUGAGGAGUUGAUAACCACAUUGCCAUCAGAAAAAGGUUGGAUUACAACUCGCUUACAUCAAUAUCAAGGAUUUUGGUUUGCUCCCAAGAGUCUCCAAGGUGUUUUAUCUUGUCAAAAGAACUUUCAAGCCCUUGAUACUGAUAUUAUCUUAGUCACUUGUCCCAAAUCAGGUACCACUUGGCUCAAAGCAUUGUCUUUUGCUUUGAUAAACCGCAAUAAAUAUCCAAAUAUUCAUAGCAAUCAUCCUUUGCUCACUACAAACCCACAUGAGCUUGUUCCAUUUUGGGAGAUUGGCCUUUACUAUGACAAAGAUUUUGUCCCGGAUCUCAAAACACUACCUCCUCCAAGAAUUUUCUCUACUCAUCUAUCUUAUGAAUCAUUACCAAAAUCUGUGAAAGACUCAGCAUGCAAAGUGGUGUAUCUCUGUAGAGAUCCUAAAGAUAGUUUUGUUUCAUAUUGGCAUUUCGUAAACAAACUUAGAUCACAAAGUAGUGGAACACUUCCAUUAGAAGAAGCUUUUGAGAGUUUUUGUAGAGGAGUGAAUCCUUAUGGGCCUUUUUGGGAGCAUGUAUUAGGAUAUUGGAAGAAAAGCCUGGAAAGUUCAAAGAAUGUAAUGUUCUUGAAAUAUGAAGAAAUGAAAAUGAAGCCAUAUUUUUAUUUGAUAGAAAUUGCUAAGUUUUUGGAGUGUCCAUUUUCCCAAGAAGAAGAAUCCAAAGGCGUGGUUGAUGAUAUUUUAGAUUUGUGUAGUUUUGAGAAGUUGAGUAACUUGGAAGUUAACAAGACUGGAAAAAUAUCUUAUGACAUUGAAAAUAAAUCUUUUUUCCGUCUUGGUCAAGUUGGAGAUUGGAAGAAUCUUCUUACAACCGAAAUGAUUGAGCAUAUAAACACCAUCACAGAAAAGAAAUUGGUUAAACAUGGAUUAAGUUUUUAG